AUGAUGGACCGAAUUUCAAUCUGCGAAGCCUUGACCAUACGGAACGAAAUCGAGCCAUUUCUGAAACGGAUGGUGACUGGGGAUGAGAAAUGGACUACAUACGACAAUAUUGUGCGAAAACGAUCGUGGUCAAAGCGCAGCGAAACGGCUCAUACGGUGGUCAAACUAGGAUUAACGGUCGGGAAUGUUUUGCUGAGUGUUUGGUGGGACUAUAAAGGAAUCAUGCACUAUGAGCUGUUUUUAUAUGGCCAAACACUAAAUUCGGACCUCUAUUGUCAACAAUUGGACCGUUUGAAGCUAGCGAUCGACCAGAAGCGGCCAGAAUUGGUCAAUAGGAGAGAAAUUGUUUUUUAUCAAGACAAUGCCAGGCCACAUACGUCUAUAGUGACUCGUCAGAAACUCCGAGAGCUUGGUUGGGAAGUUUUGAUGCAUCCACCUUAUAGUCCAGACCUGGCACCAAGCGAUUAUCAUCUGUUUUUGUCAUUACAAAACUUCCUUGAUGGUAAGAAAUUGACCUCAAGAGAAGACUGUGAAAAUCGCUUAGUCGAGUUUUUUGUAAAUAAGGACCAGGGCUUCUAA